AUGGAGAACGGCUCGGCCGGCGGCAGCCUGCCCAGCCCACAGGACUCCCCCUUCGGCUGCCCCAUCUGCCUGGACACCCUGAAGGACCCGGUCACCAUCCCCUGCGGCCACAACUUCUGUCUGGGCUGCCUAGGGGCGCACAGGCACCGCCCGGGGGCCGGGGCGGGCGGCGGGCAGGGCGCCCCCCGCUGCCCGCUGUGCCAGGAGCCCUUCCCGGCCGACCUCCAGCUCCGCAAGAACCACACGCUGUGCGAGCUGCUCCAGCUCCGCCAGCCGCCGCCCGGCGCCCGCAGCCCCAUGGCCCCACCGGCGCCCCCGGAGGAGGAGGCCCCCGGCCCGUCGGAGGAGGCGCAGGAGGAGGGAGUGCUGUGCGAUGUCUGCCCCGAGGGCGAGCGGGCCGCGGCGGCCCAGUCCUGCCUGGUGUGCCUGGCCUCCUUCUGCCCGCCCCACCUGCAGCCCCACCUGCGGAGCCCGGCCUUCCAGGGCCACCGCCUGGUGCCCCCGCUGCGCCGCAUCGAGGACAGCCUAUGCAAGCUGCACCUCCGGCCGCUGGAGAGCUUCUGCCGCACCGACCAGGCCUGCAUCUGCCAGCUGUGCCAGGGCCAGGAGCACCGGAGCCACGAGGUGGUGGCGGUGGAGGUGGAGCGGGAGCACAAGGAGGCCCAGCGACCCAAAAUCCUGAGCUGUGUGGAGAACCAGCUGGACGAGCUGGGAGUCACCGUCGCGCAGACCAGAAAGACCGUGGAGCUCAUCAAAAGCGCCGCCCUGAAGGAGAAGGAAAAAGUCAGCAGGCUGUUUGAUGAAGCAUCCAGAGCUCUGGUGACCUUCCAGAAAGAGGUGACUGGCUUCAUCGAGGAUGGCGAGCGAUCCAUGCUGCUUGAGGCUGAAGCAGAUCUCCGGCAGAAGGAGGAGAAGCGUGCCAAGCUGGCUCAGUGCAGGCAGAACCUGGAGAGGGUUCCGAGCACGGAUACCAUUUACUUCCUACAGGAGUUCCAGGCCUUAAAAAUAGCAGCUGAGGAAAAGAGUUCCCUGUGUCCAAGCUUCCAGAAGGAACUGAGCUUCACCAAGUCCAGCCAGGCUGUGUGUGCCGUGAAGGAGCUGCUGGUGACUGCAUGCAAGAACCAGUGGGACCAAUUGCUGGGGAAGGGGUAUGAAGAGUCUGGUUUCCAUGGGAUGCAAGAAGCAGUCACUGAGCCCCAACCUUCGGACAAAUCAAACAAUCCAGCCUGCUUGGAGACACGAGACUAUUUCCUGAAAUUUGCCUUCAUCAUCGAUUUGGACAGCGAUACCGCGGACAAGUUCCUCCAGCUGUUUGGAACCAAAGGGGCCAAACGAGUAUUGAACCCCAUCGGCUACCCCGAGAGCCCAACCAGGUUCAUCAACUGCGAGCAGGUGCUGGGCGAGAACCUGAUGAACCGAGGCAACUACUACUGGGAGGUGGAAAUCAUCGACGGCUGGGUGAGCAUCGGCGUCAUCGCCGAGGACUUCAACCCGCGGGAGUCCUACGACAGAGGCCGCCUGGGGAGGAACGAGAAAUCUUGCUGCCUGCAGUGGAAUGGACAGAACUACGUGGCCUGGUUUGGUGGCUUCGAAUCCGUUAUCCAGCAGCCCUUCUUUCACACGAUCGGGGUGUACCUGGAGUAUUCAGAAAAGGCACUGACCUUCUACGGGGUCAGGGACACCAAGAUGACGUGUCUCCAACAGCUCAAGGUUGCCCGCUUCAAAAAAGGCCACUUUGACCCCUUCCAGAAUAAGAUCAACCACCAGUUCCCAUCGCUGUUUGCUUAUAACCUCAAACCAGCUUUUUUCCUUGAAAGCGUAGAUGCCCAUAUGCAGAUUGGGCCGUUGAAGAAAGAUUGUGUUUCAGUGUUAAAGCGGAGGUAA